AUGGGCACUGGUCAAACAGAAGCUAUUCUCACUAGGGGAAUGGCUAAGUCGGGGGAAUGGCCGCUUCCUUCUGUCGAAACUCAUGCUCAACUUGAAACUUCAGUACUUACUCAUGUUCAGCAAGGAAUCUCGUUUCAGAAUCGUGUCCAGAAUGAAGACCUGGAAGUUGAUUACUUGCAAUCAAGGUCUUCCACUCCCCAUUUGGAUACGGCAGAGGUUGUUCGAGUGCUCUCGCCCGGUCCUACGCAGUCUGCAAACUCCGCUCGUACACGAAGAGGCCCACCUUCGGUUGCGCACUCUCUAGCCUCGCCGUCAAUCUCUGAGUCAGGUGAAGGAGAAGAUCCUAGCUCAAUGGCGAGAUACCUCGCUCGACGAGCAACUCUCCUUGGCUGGUUCGACGAAGGCGAGGUCGACAAUGGCAUUCGCACUUGGUCCUCAACCUGCAUCGCUAAAAGUUUGAUCGUGGAAAGCACCAGUGCUCGCAUCCCUAUUGUCUAUUGUUUGAACGAUGUCAAUUCCGAGUUGGUUCAUUUUGCCCGAGCUUGCAUUAUUGUGCAAGAAAAGAUCGUUCUGGUCUGGUCCCACGACUCUGGCGCAAUCCUCAACGUGGCGUUUGAUGUUGAGCGACAGCUUGGCAGAAAGGGUCCUCGUGUCUCCAACGCUACUACUCCACGCAUUUCCGGUCGCUCUUCACCGCUGGAUUUUGACCUCGACGCGCAGACCUCGACCAAGGCCAACAGCACCGUGCUUCCUAUUCGUGGAGCACUUGACGAAAAGCAUGAGGUCUAUAGUAAGGCUGUGGCCUUGGAAGAGGGUACCGAGGAGGACGAAACUCCAGUUGACCUGGAGGGCAACUUGGCUCCCAGGCCAGCUCACCGAAUCCACGCAUUCAAGAUCAGCUUUGCUAUCAUGCUGGUGAUCCUGACCCAGGCGCUUGGUGUGUCUCGGUUGAUCAAUGAGUACGCCUGGGAUGGAGGUUAUAUUCGAUUUGCAUUGGUUGUGACCAUUCCACCGCUUGCGCUGUUUUCUUUGUUUUUCUUCAUUGUGAUAGUCACCAGCGCCUUUCAGCUAUUCCUCCCAGCCAGCUUCUGCUUGAAGAACUCCAAAUUCCACUCAGCUAUCAAGCCAAACCCCAAGUUCCAUCGUGACUAUGAACUACCCCACAUCACCAUCCAAAUGCCCGUGUACAAGGAGGGUCUGAAGGGUGUCAUCGUCCCGACUAUGAUGAGUGUCCUUGCCGCCGUCCAGUUCUACGAGGAGCAAGGAGGUACCGCAUCCGUUUUCAUCAAUGAUGAUGGUAUGCAGUGUAUCCAGCCUGAGCUCGCCGAAGCCCGCAGGCAGUACUACCGUGAGAACGGAAUCGGCUACACGGCCCGCCUGCCCAACAAGAAGUCUUCUCAGAAGAAAAAGAGUGGCCGUUUCGAUUGUUUCCGAAAGUCAAAGCCGGUCGCCGAAACCACCGAAGUUGAGGAAGAAGACGCCACCAGCCCCCAGGCUAUCGCGAACAAGAUUGGCUUUGAGCGUAAGGGAAAGUUCAAGAAGGCCAGUAACAUGAACUACGGUCUUGCUUUCUCGAAUCGCGUGGAGGAUGAAAUGGUUCGCUUGACUGAACUGGAGUGUCAGCAGCGCGGAUGUACGAAUGACGACUUGGUUGUCGAGGAUGAUGAUCGGAUUUACAAGCAGGCUCUCACUAACAUGCUGGCUGAAGAUGAAGGUCGCACUUGGGCUGAAGGAAAUAUUCGCAUUGGUGAACACAUUCUCAUCAUUGACUGCGAUACCCGAGUCCCGAUCGACUGCCUGCUUUAUGGAGCAUUGGAAAUGCACGAGAGUCCCGAGGUCGCAAUUAUUCAACAUGGCUCCGGCGUCAUGCAAGUGGUCCACAAUAUGUUCGAGAACGGCAUUGCUUAUUUUACAGAUGUUGUCUAUACGGCUAUUAAGUAUGGCGUUGGCAGUGGCGAUGUAUCUCCCUUCGUGGGCCACAACGCCUUCCUCCGGUGGAAGGCCAUCCAGAGCAUUCAAUUUGUGGAUCCUUCAGAUGGGGAGACAAAGUGGUGGUCUGAUGCACAUGUCUCCGAGGAUUUUGAUAUCAGUCUUCGACUGCAGAUGCGGGGCAUGACUGUUCGUCUGGCUACAUACCACAAUCGCGAUUUCAAAGAGGGCGUGUCGCUCACCCUGUAUGAUGAGUUGACGCGUUGGGAAAAGUAUGCCUACGGCUGUAACGAGCUCGUCUUCCACCCGUUCUACAAAUGGCCGUACAAGGGCCCGGUGACAAGACUCUUCCUUCGCUUCCUGUGGAGUAACAUGCCUGUCACCAGUAAGGUGACCAUCAUUGCAUAUAUCUUCACCUACUAUGCAAUUGGCUCUGGUAUGCUUCUGGCUACAGUCAACUAUGUUAUUGUCGGUCUCUUCAAUUCCCAGAUCGACCACAUCUAUCUGCGAUCAUGGGGUAUAUGGAUCUCCUUGGUUGUCAUCUUCAAUGGUGUCGGAUCGGUCGCAUUUAGUAUGGCCCGCCAUCAGCUGAAGGAGAAGGUCUUUUACAAAGCCCUUCUCCAAUCCGUGAUGUGGCUUCCAUUCCUGAUCAUCUACUUCGGCGGUAUUAGUCUGAACUGCGCCAAGGCUAUUUUGUGCCACGCGUUUAGCAUUAAUAUUGAGUGGUCAUCGACUGCCAAGGAGCCCGGUCCAGGUGGUUUCUUCAUUGGUCUGGAUAGGAUGGUCAAGAAGUUCAAGUAUACUUGGGCUAUUUGCUUAUUUCUCACUGCUGCGAUGGUUGUCAUGGCUCUUGCCACUCCCUGGGGCUGGCAAAUUAAGCCGGGUGAAUACUCGACUGCUAGUAUUGCGAUCGGUCCGCUCGCUAUCCAGGUUGUGAAUGCCGCGAUUCUCCCGUUGGUCUUGGGACUGAACUAA